AAACGUACCACUCGACGAAUCUCGUCAGGGAAGCCAAACGACAUUCGCUAACAUUCACCCCGCGCCAGCCGCCAUCCCUCCAAGCCUCUCCCGCCAAGCAACGAGCGGAACCGCACUGUAAUUCACAGAACUGUACCGAAGCCCACAGCACAGCUGUUAAACGAGCAAGAAGUAGCAGAACCACGAAAGAGGGGAAUCAGCGCAAGCAGCAGGGCUGGAUGUAUGCACGGGCAGAACCCUACUUCCACGUGACCCUCUCUCGUCUCGUCUCGCCGCCAUAUCUUGCUUCGCUGCUUUGCUAGCUGCUCACUCACGGCUCUCGUGUUUUUCCCCCGAAUCAACUCUUCCCUUGUGCUGUGUACCGCGUCUUGCGUGUCGAAACAGCUCAAUACCUGGUGGUGAAGAGGGGAGUUCGCCGUCCGUGCACCACCUGCCAGCCAGCCAGCCAGCGCUAUUUAUCAAGUUCGUGUUAGUAUCACAGCUUUACCACUGGCACUCGCGGGCCGAGGCUUGUGAUGCGGCCGUGCUCCGCGACAUCGCUGCUCGCAUCCCCUCUCAGCGCUUAGCGGCACCGGAGAUUCCAUCCCCUCGUAUACACUCUUGCAUACGGAGACUCGUUUACCUGCCUGGCGUUUCCUCGCUCUGUCUAUCAAACUCCGUCCUUUCUCUACUCGGAUUCCUUUAGUUCCCCGCCCUUCCCCGCCUUCCCCGCCUUCCCCGCCGCUCUAAGACGAGCCGCUUCAUUCCCCGCCAGCCAUGGAUUUCCCUAAUGCUGCCACCACCGCAGCCAUCUGCCUCCUCUGCGACUGCGACUCUAACGAGAGCUGCAUGUGCGAAGACUCCUCGCGCCCGUUGCAAGAACAGCAUCCGCAAUCCGCGGCUGGAUCCACAGACACCGCCUCCGACGAUCGUACCAACGGGCAAAGCGCAUCAUGCGGACCCCCGGCGGUGGCGGCGGCGGCGACGGCGGCGGCGUCCGCGUUCGCGCCCGCCGCACAUCCCGGUCAGCGGCGCAAGGGGUUCAAAUACUCGCCGCUUAGAAACUUCGUGCGGCGGUAUAGAGUCCCCCGCCUCCUCACCAUCUCCCUCCUCGUCCUCCUCGCCUGGCCGGUAACAUGGUUACACCAUCACUUCAUGAUCAUGCGAAGCGGCGAGUCGCCGCACGUGCGCGUGGAGUUCUCGCUAAUCGUCGCCGCAUCGUCGCUGCUGUACCUGGCGGUCGCGUACGCGUUCGGGGCCAACGGGUGCCCAGUUCUCGCGGCGGUUUUCACGCUCGUGACCGUUAGUAGCCUCUUCACGGACAGUCUGCACACAUCGUCGCGCGUCUGGCCGCGCGUCGACCGCUUCCUCGCCACCUGUGCGACCGUGCUAGGCCCUAUCCGCGCCAUGGCCUUCUACUGCGCGUCAGCAGCGCAGCGCGCCGAGCUGGCGGCGCUGUCGCUGCUGUCGCUCUCGUGCCUGGCGUGGAGCCGCAAGUCGCGCUGCCAGCGGGACUUCGUCGUGCGCCACUCCACGUGGCACCUCGUCAGCGCUGCGAGCCUCGUGUACCUCGCGCACUCCGUGGAGUUCUCUAGUUAAGCAGUGCUGCUGUGUCGCUCUACCAAGUCUGACGAAGUCUGCUUUGGAGUGUCGACUCGAAAGCAACUCGUCAGUGACGCGAGCCUUGUGUACCUCGCGCACUCCGUGGAUUUCUCUUAGCUAAGUGCUGCUGAUCGCUGGUGUUGUGAGGCGCUCCAGUUACUGGCUAAGAGUGGGUGUGAAUGUGCAUAGAUGAGACGAGGAUAUGUGCUAUGGUAUCAGCAGCAGCAGCAACAGCAGCAGCAGCAACAGCAGAAGCAGCCGCCGCAGCAGCCGCAGCAGCAGCCACAGCAUACAGCAUGGAAAUAUCACGAGCCAAGCAGCAGAAGCCUGGCUUUGUUACAAGCACCCUUCUUAGGGUCACGUCACAUGCAUGUACGGUAGCUGCAAAUGCUGGUGGCUCGUGUGUGUGAGAUGCCCUCUUUCUCCCUGCUGCUACAGCCCUUCCUGCUCGUCUUUUCCAAGAGCCAAGCUUUCCACAGUGGCAUCUUAGUGUCAUAGAGGUUAUAAGAGUUGCCUACUGUUGAGUAGGCAGUUCAAAUGGGUCUAGGGAGUGACUGUGCUGAAGUGGUGGGGGAAUGGAACCAAACAUCAGGUGUACUGGAUUGUGUGCCUUUUAUGUGAGAAGUACCAGCA